AUGGAGCCAGUACACGGUGGUGUACAACAUGCAGUGCCGCGCGCAUCAUCGCUCGCAUUAUGUGCAGCAGCUCAUGCUUCCUUCCUCGAGAAGGUCGUGGCAGCCCUUUGGGUUGAUUUUGGCAGAGCAAAGCUCGUCCGUGUGUGUAGCAACGGCGGCCGGGACAUCGUGUUCGCGCCCUACGACGACCACUGGCGGCAGCUCCGGAAGAUCGCCGUCCAGGAGCUCUUGUCGCCGGGGCGGGUCCUGUCUUUUCGCGCCAUCCGCGAGGAGGAAGUCGCCGCCAUGCUCCACGAUGUCGCCGACGCCGCGGCGGCCGCGCGCCCCGUGGAGCUGCACGCGUGCCUCUCCGUGGUCGUCUCCAACAUCACGGUGCGCACCGUCAUGGGUGACUACAGGUUCAAGUAG